AUGGCUAAACUGGUUCAUGAUGUGCAAAAGAAACAACACAGGGAACGUUCUCAAUUGAAUAGUCGUUCAAGACUUGGGUUCUUGGAGAAACAUAAAGAUUAUGUUAAACGUGCCCAAGAUUAUCACAGAAAGGAAAAUACUUUGAAGAUACUUAGAAGUAAAGUGAAGGAAAGAAAUCCAGAUGAAUAUUACCAUGCUAUGCAUUCAAGGAGGGUCGAUGCUAAGGGACUUUUAGUGACCAGCCGUCGCGGCGAAGAUGAAGAUGAAUCAUUAUCUACUGAUCAGGUUAAGCUACUGAAAACUCAAGAUAGUAAUUACGUUAGAACCUUAAGGCAGGUAGAAUUGAAAAAAUUGGAAAAUAAAUCCAAGACUUUGAUGUUUUCAGCCAGUGGGAAUCACACAGUUUUUGUUGAUAAUAGAGAUGAUUUCAAAAGCUUUAAUGCAGAAGAGCAUUUCGGGACGACUACUGAACUUCUAACGAGAAAUGAAAAUAGAUUAACGAAGGAACAGUUGAUACAUAGUGCGUUAAUGAAUCCAUCUGGCAAUAUAGCAUCUUCAUCUGCUAUUAUGCCGAGAGAGUCCUUAAAUAAAAAGAAACUAAAAAAAUUCAAGAUUGUUAAACAACAUUUGGAAAGAGAAAAUCAAUUGAAAGAGGUACAAAGUAGGAUGGAUAUGCAAAGGGAAGUCAUGAAAAAGGGAUCCAAGAAGAAAAUUAUUGAUACAAGGGGAAAAGUUUCUUUUAAAUGGAAGAAACAACGUAAACGUUAA